AUGACAUCUACAACAGUUGAACUGAUGAAUUAUCAGCAACACCCUUCCAACACGCUGGUCCCAGUUACAUCCCCCGCUGUUUCAUCUGCUACCAGUAAGCGUGUUCACCGAGAAGUUAGGUUUGGCGCUUACAUCUUAGGAUCAACUUUGGGUGAAGGCGAGUUUGGGAAAGUCAAAUUGGGCUGGCGCAAAGAUGGCAAACACCCUAGCCAAGUGGCAAUCAAGUUAAUAAAGCGUGACACUAUUGUCAAGGACUCUGAGUCUGAAAUCAAAAUACACCGUGAAAUAAACUCUCUCCGCCUACUCAAUCAUCCUAACAUUGUCAAUCUUGUUGAAGUUUUGAAAAGUGGCAAGUAUAUUGGCAUCGUUUUAGAGUACGCAUCGGGGGGAGAGCUCUUUGAUUACAUUCUACAACACAAGUACCUUAAGGAAAAUGUGGCCAAAAAACUUUUUGCACAGUUGGUUAGUGGAGUCGACUACAUGCAUUCCAAGGGGUUAAUACACAGAGAUUUAAAGUUAGAGAAUUUAUUGUUGGACAAACACAGAAAUAUUAUAAUCUCUGACUUUGGCUUUGUUAAUUCGUACAAUAAGGACAAGAAUGACUUGAUGAAAACUUCAUGCGGUUCUCCGUGUUAUGCUGCACCAGAAUUGGUUCUCACACAAAGCCCUUAUUCUGGACGGAAAGUGGACAUUUGGUCGUUGGGAGUUAUCUUAUAUGCCAUGCUUGCAGGAUACCUCCCAUUUGAUGAUGACAGCGAGAAUGAAGAUGGUGCUGACAUAGUAAAACUAUAUCACUACAUUUGCAACACUCCCCUUACGUUUCCUGAAUAUGUCUCUCCUCUUGCAAGAGAUUUACUAAGAAAGAUCAUUGUUUCCAAUCCAGAGAAAAGAAUAGGAGUUGAUGAAAUCAGAAAUCACCCAUGGCUAGCUCCUCAUGCUAAUCUUUUGUCCAUCAGACAACCAGAAUGGGAUAAAGUCCACACGGAAGAUCGGGAGAAAUGGUCGGUGGCACAAUCAAUGAACAAGGGAAACAAGUACAAGCGUUUUUCAAUGUUCAAUGAAACCACCAAUUCGUCAGCCUUGAUGAUGGGUUCCAAUAAGAAUACUAAUGGCAGAUCAUACACCUCCAACUCCAACAUCAUUUAUUCGAACCCUACAACCUCAUCAUCUCUUGCUAAUGUUGUUGCUCUAACAAACUCAAGUGAUACAAAUUUGGCAGCUUCUGCAUCAUCCAUUAUGGGUAAUUCAACAUCAACUGUGUCAUCCAAUGUUUCCAAAACUUCUACUGAAAGCGGUUCUCCUGUGAAACUGAGCCAGUUAGGUUAUGCUAGAGGUCAUUCAAAGUCUGCGUCAAUGUCUGGCACCUAUCCGACUGCCAGCAUUGCACUAAAGGCAAUGGUGUCAGAACACGAACGGAAGGCACAGAACUCUGUGGAGAAUGAAAGUACUCAUGAUACACCCCCGAGCUUUUCUCCCUCUCAAAUACCCCGUUCGACAACCUACACCGGAACAAUCUCCACCAUUGUUGAAAGUCCGACACCACCAGAUAGCAAGGGUGUACAAAUUAAUCCAGCUGUGGUCAGAAGCAAGUUCAACGAACCCCCUAAGGACACAGCGAAGUUACCUCAAUCACACAAGAAACCUAGACCUACGUCUUAUCAUCCAGGUUCGAUGACAUCACUUAUGUCUCUAGGAAAUGGAUCCUCUUCAAAUUUCUUUGAUUACGUUAAGAUUGGUCUGCCGAUUAAUUUUUCCGUUCCUCAGUUCAUUUCCGGCUCUCCUACUAAGAGUGAUGAUAUUAUUUCUUCGAUGUAUGAAAGAGCUGUACAUGGAAGUCCUGGUUCUCAGACUACUGUCACAACAAAAUCGAGAAAUGCAAAUAGGCGAGAUUCAGUUGUAACCCCGAUAAACGUUAAUGGCGUUUUGACCUCUGAUCUUAGUUUGCAUGAGAACAAAAGAAACUCAGUUUUGAGCUACUUGGAAGACAAGAUAGAUGCUCUCGAGUUGACAGAACUGCACAGCCCUAUUCGCCAAUACGCCGAAGAUAAUGUGUCAAAACCACAAAGAAUUCCGAAGUUGGACACGAAUCUUCAACCACCUCAAACCACUCCCCAAAUUGACCAGCUGCCUACUUUUGCACUGCCUAUAGAAUCGCCGAAAGAGAAAAUGGUAGUCAAAGUAUCUGAAAAAGUUGAUAAAGACUCAAAUGAAUCGGAACAUAAGAUUUUCGACGGAAGCGAAAUGAGAGAUCACAGAAGAAAAACACAAGAAGUAGUUUCGAGGGGCGAGACAAACAAAGAGAACAGGGAAUCGAAAGAUUCCAAGGAUCACAAGGACCAGAAGGAACAAAAACGGCGUAACCGAUUCAGCAUUUUGUCAUUCUAUGGAGGCUCAUCAAAUAACUCAUCAAGCGAUGUGGCUUCAGCUCCAUCACGGAAAGUUUUAGAACCAUCUAAUGAUAUUAAUGUGGGUACCCCUGUGAACAACAAAGAGCAGAAAAGGGUCGAAUCAUCAUCCUCACAUAAAUCGUCCCAAUCAAGAAAGUCAGGCUCCAGUGGUAAUGGCGUCUAUGCUAAUGGCAAAGAAGCUAGUGCUGCUCGAAAAGUGAUGAACUUUUUCAAGAGACGAAGCGUCCGAAUAGGAUAG